ACUAUUUAGUCUCCAAUCGGAUUUCGUCACCAAUAUGAAUAGCAGGCGUUGUUCAUCGUUUAAAGAAUUAAGUAUAGUUCAGGAUGCAAAAAAUCUGAGGGAUUCAUUCAACAGAAACUUGCAUUUUUAUGUCGUCAAGGAUCGUAACAUUGCUACAAUGCGUGAUUUUUACGUAGCUCUGGCUAGGACUGUCUGGGAACAAUUAUGUUCUCGUUGGAUAAAAACACAGGAGGUUUAUGCUACAGAAGAUCCAAAGAUGAUCUACUUUUUAUCCAUGGAAUUUUUUAUGGGUCGUACACUUAAGAAUACAAUGCUUAACGUAGACACAGCAGAAGCUCUGGAUGAAGCAAUGUAUCAACUUGGUUUGGAUAUUGAAGAAUUAGAAGAAAUGGAAUGCGACGCAGGACUUGGGAAUGGUGGUUUGGGUCGUCUGGCUGCAUGUUUUCUUGACUCAAUGGCUACAAUUGGUUUAGCAGCUUAUGGUUACGGAAUACGUUAUGAAAAUGGCGCUUUUCAUCAGAUGAUAAAAGAUGGAUGGCAGGUUGAAGAACCAGAUGAGUGGCUACUUUAUGGUAAUCCCUGGGAGAAAGAACGCCCUGAAUUCAUUCGCAUAGUUCACUUUUACGGUAGAGUUAUACGUAAUCAUUUAGAUCAAUGUAAAUGGGUUGACACAGAAACAAUAUGUGCCCUACCUUAUGAAGUUCCUGUUCCUGGAUAUCGUAAUCAGACAUGUAAUACGCUUAGAUUAUGGGCCGCUAAGGGCAGGAAAUACUUUGAUACGAAAAUUAUUCAUAACAAUGACUAUAUAAAUGCUAUACUUGGUCGUAAUGAAGCUGAAAAUAUUUCUCGUGUUCUUUAUCCAAUUGAAAGUGCAUUCGAAGGUAAAGAAUUACAAUUAAAACAGGAAUACUUUCUUGUAUCCGCUACAUUGCAAGAUAUACUGUAUCAGUUUAAAUCAUCUUAUCCAACUUAUGAACUAUUUGAAUUACCAAAUAAAGUUGUAAUUCAUAUCAAUGAUACACAUCCAGCAUUAGCUAUUCCUGAACUACUGAGAAUUCUAGUUGAUAUAGAGUGUAUGGAUUGGAUUGAUGCAUGGGAUAUAUGUUCACGUGUAUUUACUCAUACAAAUCAUGUAUCACAAGUAGAAUGUUUGAAGUAUUGGCCAUUAGAUAUGCUUCAACGUGUUCUACCAAGACAUGUGGAAAUUAUACGCAAUAUUGAUUAUCAUUUUAAAAGUGUCAUAAACAGAAGGUGGCCAAGCGAUGAAAAUCGAUUCCAACGUAUGUCUAUAUUUCAAGAGAUCAAUGAACCCGUUGUUAGUAUGGACCAUUUAUGCAUAAUUGGAUCACAUUUUGUCAAUGGUGUUUCAAUUUUCCAAACGAACCAUUUAAUAAAUAUCUUAUUUAAGGAUUUUGCAGACUUAUGGCCAUCGAAAUUUACCAAUAAAACAAAUGGUAUUAGUCCGAGACGUUGGUUAUUAGUAUGUAAUCCAGGCUUGACCGAUCUUAUUCGAGGCACCAUACAAUCUGAUGAUUGGGUAAAAAAUCUUAUAAUGUUGAAUCGAUUAAAAGAAAAAUUAAAUGAUAGAAAUUUUCGAAAUCGCCUUAUAUUAAUUAAACAAGACAAUAAAAAUCGAUUUGUUGCUUAUAUGCAACAGCAUAGAAGUGUUCAAUUAAAUCCAAGUUCCAUUUUUGAUGUUCAUGUAAAACGUGUUCUAGAAUACAAGCGUCCACUCCUACCAUGUUUAUAUGCUAUAACUAUGUAUAAUCGUUUAAAAGCAAAUCCUGAAAUGAAAAUGUGUCCUAGAACAAUUAUUAUUGGUGGUAAAGCUGCGCCUGGAUACCACAUGGCUAAACUGAUCAUAAAAUUAAUUAAUUCUGUUGCAAGAAUAAUUGAUUUCGAUCCAAUUACAACGGGUAAACUUAAACUUAUAUUUUUACGAAAUUAUCGGGUCAGUUUGGCCGAACGUAUUAUACCCGCAACAGAUUUAUCUGAACAAAUUCCAUGUGUUGGUACAGAAGCCUCAGGAACAGGGAAUAUGAAGUUUAUGUUGAACGGUGCAUUAACUAUUGGAACCAUGGAUGGAUCAAAUAUUGAAAUAUUUCAAGAAGUUGGUCACUCGAAUGCAUUUGUCUUUGGUCGUACUAUUGAAGAAGUCAAUUAUUUACGGAAAACAGGGUUCCAAGUUGGAGAUUUCCUCGUGAUGCACUGAUAAUUAUCGAAAUGUGCUUCCUAUCCACUUCCAUCGUCUUUUCCUAAUUUCCUAUUCAGUUGGAAGCUGGUUUGUUCUCUCCCAUAGUAGGUUGUUGCUGAUGACAUCCGACCAACGGACAUUCAGCAUCUUACGUAGACAAUUGUUUGGAAAUACAUGUACCAUUUUGAUGAUGGUUGUAGUAGUUCUCCGCGUUUCAGCUCCGUACAGUAGAACUGUCUUGAUGUUCGCAUUGGAGAUUGCGACUUUGAUGUUGACUGACAGUUGUUUUGAGUUCCACAUGUUGUUCAACUGUAGGAAUGCUGCCUUUACUUUGCCAAUCCUUGCCUCUACGUUUUCAUCCAAUCCUCAAUGAUGAUGCUGCUGUCCAUGUACGUGAAAGUUUCCACCUGAUCCGGAGUUUCUACAUCAAGUGUGAUUGGGUUGUUGUUUGAGGAUGUUGCUUUUUCCCUUGUGUAUGUCAAAGCCUACUGAUUCAGAGGCUGUUGCUGCUUCUCUGGUUUACUUGAUAUACAGUUUUUCGUAUGUAAGAGAUGGAAGAGCUAGGUGAUCCGUGAAGUCCAAAUCGUCUGGUUGCACGCAAGCUGUCCAUUGUAUACGGCGCAUCAUCUGAGAUGUGGAGGUUUCCAUAAUCUAGUCAACCUUCAAAAGAGAGAGAAAGGGGGAGAUACAGUAAGCAGUCUUAUCUGACACCGGUCCUCAUUUGGAAUAAGUGUCAGCUAUCCUCCAUGCACCACUUUACACUGUAGUCCGUCGUAUGAAUUCCUGAUGAUGUUGACGAUUUCAGGUACUCUUUCCAUAGUGUCGAAGAAGGUUACAUGUAGUUCUCUCAUGCACACUGUCAAACGUCUUCUCAUAAUCAAGGAAGUAGAUGUAUGGUGACGAAUUCCAUUUAGUUGACUGCUCAACGAUAAUCUGUAGUGUCGCCAUUUGGUCUAUGCACGACCGAUCGUUACCGAAUUCAAUCGAUUGGUCUUGAAGCUAAGCGUCUACUGGAUGUUUUAUCCCGUUAAGCCACAUUGUUGAAACCCUUUCCUGGUACUGAUAGUAGUGUGAUACGUGUGUAGUUCUCACAUUUGCUCAGAUCCCCUUUCUUUGAAAUCUUGAUGAGGUGUCCUUUUUCCAGUCUGUCGGUGGAACUUGUUCUUCCUCAUAAAUCUUCCAGAAUAGAGUAUGGAGUAUGUUUGCAGUUGUUUCUAUGUCUGACUUGAGUUCUUCAGAUGGUUUGUUUUCAGGUGCUGCUGCUUUCCCAUACUUGGUGUGUCUAAUAGCCAACCUGAUUUCUUCGAUCGUUGGUGGAUUGACAGCUAUAGGAAUGUCUGUAUGAGCUGCUUCGAUGUCCCGCUGAUUGGCCUGUUGAAUAGCUCCUCAAAUUGUUCUUCCUGUCUGUCCCUCUGUUCGUGGAUCUCAGUGAUUGUCUUGCCUUCUUUGUCGCUGACUGUUUUCUCUGAUUUACUAUAUUUUCUUGUCAGCUUCUUCGUUAUUUCAUAUAGUUGUUUGAUAUUUUUUUGUUUUGCAUCAUUUUCCGAUGUCGCUGCCAAGUUUUCCACGUAUUAAUUCUUGUCAGCUCUAAUGCUCCUCUUGACCCUCUUGUUUGCUUCAGCGUAUUCAGCUUGUACCUUGACUUGCUCUGUUCUUGUUUGACCGUUGUUAAUUGCUGUCUUCUUGUUCUCCGUUUCUUGAAUAUUGUCCAGUUUCGAUAGGGAUCCAUUUCUAAUGAUGAUGCUUGUUCCGUCCCAGAACCUGCUGACACGUUGAAGUUAAUGCUUCAUUGAUCCCCUUCUACUUGUCCUCCAUAAUAGUUUCCUCUUUAAAUAUAAUCCAAUGAGAUAUAUAUCUUCCAAUCCAGAACUUCGUUUGUGCUUAGAUCAAAUACGUGAUGGUUUUUACUGUCCCAAUGAGCCUGAUUUAUUUAAAGAUCUAUAUAAUAAACUAGUUACAGAAGAUAAAUUUAUGGUAUGUGCAGAUUAUGGCGAUUAUAUGCGUGCUCAAGCUGAAGUUGAAUCAGCAUACAAGGAUGAAGUAAAAUGGUCAAAAAUGGUUCUAAUGAAUAUAGCUGCAGCUGGAAAAUUUUCCUCUGAUCGUACAGUACGUGAAUAUGCACGUGAUAUUUGGAGAGUAGAGCCAGUUAUUGUAAAAGAAUCUCUAAAAUGUAAUUCAGAAAAUAAUAGCAAUCCGAGAUUCUGUUCCAAUUAAAGUGAGGAGGUAGAUUGAUAAAGAACAAUAGACGAUUACAAUUAAUACUUUUUUUUCUUUCUACACUAUUGUUUCUUAUAGUUUGAUUUGUAUAAACGAUACACUUUUCUGUUUAUUUGUUUGUUUUUAUUUUUAGGAUAAUUUGUUUUUACUACAAAAAUGUUUGUUAUAAAAAAUUUAUAUGUUUGUUAUGAUCUUUUAAAUGAUAAGCUUUUCUUUUUUUUAAAAAAACAAAAAAUUAAAUUCAUCCAGUUGGUGAUGUGCAAUUAUUUUUAGAAUGAUUAUUCCUAAAACUACAUUUCGUUUAUAUUUUGAACUCAUUUCAUUUAUACAUUGAUUAUUGACCAAUAUUAUUUUGUUUAACCGAAACCCUGUUACAUGGAAUUCGAUUAAUAGUGUUUUAAAUAUAUAUAUAUUACUUGGUUAAUGAAUGAUUUUCAUGAAAUCUCAGUGAUUGUUUUAUACAUUAUGGUCAUGCUAUCAAAUUUAAUUGUUAUCUGAGUUAAAUAUGAUUGGGUUUGUUUCUUUUUUGAUAUUGUUACGAGUUUUAUUGUUAUGAGUAAAUUAAACUUCAUAGUCUCUCUCUCGUAUGAACUAAAUAGUUUAUUUAAAUUCUGAUCAAUGUAAAUUGACUGUUUUAUUUUGUUUUAAAUGAAUGUUUUUGAAACAGAUGAGUUGAAUGGAUGAUGAAAAAGUUGCCUUAGUGAAUUAAUUGUUUAGUUUUUAUUACAGAUUUUUUCUAUUUAUGCAUUAUGUAUUAUGAAUCUUUUUACUUAUAGAGGAAAAUAUACUUGAUUAACUUUUU